AGGAAGCAUAUUUUUCAAUUUUAAUAUCAUUUAAAGAAAUCUACUUGGCAGAUGAUUCGGAAACCUAAAUUAUGAAAACAGACCUUUAUAAUAAAUUAUUGAUUUUUGUGUAAGCAUUUAUUGAAUCAAGCAAAUCAAACUCAAAACACUCUUUUGAUGAUAAUUUAUGUUUAUUGGGUAAUUCUGUGUAGUGUUCUAGUAGCUGAUCUCUAGCUACAAGCUUUUCACCGUCGACAUUUGCUACAAUUUUAUCUGUGGGUUUGAUGCAUUUUUGCUUCACCAAAUCUCUAUUUCUCUUGAUUUUACUGAUUCGGUUGGGAGCUACUGGGAGCUGAGUAGAGGUGAUUCAUGCUUUGAAUCCUGAUAACAAAGUUUAUAAUUCAAUGUAGCUGUGUGAUUGGAGCUUGGUCAUUUAAUUUCCCCAUGAGUCAGUAAGUUGGGAUUUCGUUUUUGCCAUGGAUUAUUCGGUCAAAAUUCAAACGCUGCUUCAAAUUGAGAAAAGGAAAUGGUUGUUCUUGGUGGGUUUGGUGGCUUUAACCCAUUUAUUCUGCCAGUCUUUGAUGCUUCCUUAUGGCAGUGCCCUUAUGUCGCUAUUGCCCAGUGGUGAGAAGGCCAGCAAAUCAUCCAAUCAAUCUUCUUUCAAGACUGUGAUGCCUGAAAAUGCUUACAAUAUUGGUAUCUCGAAUGCAAAUAAUGCAUCUCUAUUAGUAGGUGGAUUGAAAUAUUCAAAGAGUUACCACUCGGCUGCAGAGGCAGAGGAUAACGAGGGAUCAAUGGUAAAAUAUGAAGAAAGAAGAAUUAAUAUUGCCUCAGAUAGUGAGGCCAUGGAUAAUGAUUUUGAUUUUGAUUUUGUUGAGGAUGAAACAUUAGAUAAUGAUAAUCCAUUUCAACUAAAUCGAGAUAUGGAGGAGGGGUUCAAGAUGCAACAUGAGGAAAGCCAGGAACAUGGUUCUAAGGAAAAUAUGUCAAUCAUUUUUUCAGAUGCCAAUACAAGGACCAUGCAGGAUGAAAGUAGCACUGUUGGUACUCCUACUUCGUUACCUUUGGUUGUUUCACAAGCUGCGGAUUUGUUGAUUAAAUCAGUUGUUGAGACAAACUCAGGAUCUCGAGAAAGAACAUCUACUGAUUUUGCCCCUGCUGUAUCUUCUAAAACAAAAAAAUUAUCUGAUGGCAAGGACAAUUCGAUGCUGCAAAAUAAAUUUUCUGUCCCCAGUAAUGGAUCUUUACUUGAGAGUAAGCCUGUUAAGAAGAAGAUGAGGUGUGAGAUGCCACCAAAAACAGUAAUGCUGAUAGAUGAGAUGCAACGUCUAUUAGUUCGGCAUCGAGCACGUUCACGUGCAAUGAGACCUAGGUGGUCUUCUGAAUGUGACCAGGAAAUUCUGCGUGCGAAGUUACAGAUUGAGAAUGCACCUGUUUUGAAGAAUGGUCGAGAUCUUUAUGCUCCUGUCUUUCGAAAUAUAUCCAUGUUCAAAAGGAGCUAUGAACUCAUGGAGCGCUUACUCAAAAUAUAUGUCUACAAAGAGGGUGAAAAACCCAUCUUUCAUCAACCAGUCCUCAAAGGAUUAUAUGCAUCUGAAGGAUGGUUCAUGAAGCUGAUGGAGGGAAAUAAGCAUUUUGUUGUGAAGGAUCCAAGGAAGGCUCAUCUCUUUUAUAUGCCAUUUAGUUCACGGAUGCUAGAAUACACUCUAUAUGUACGUAAUUCCCACAAUCGGACAAACCUACGUCAGUACUUGAAAAAUUAUUCAGAAAAGAUUGCAGCGAAGUAUCGAUUCUGGAAUAGAACUGGUGGGGCCGAUCAUUUUCUUGUUGCCUGCCAUGACUGGGCUCCAUAUGAAACAAGGCACCACAUGGAACAUUGCAUCAAAGCCCUCUGCAAUGCUGAUAUAACCAUGGGGUUCAAAAUAGGAAGGGAUAUAUCCCUUCCAGAAACAUAUGUCCGGUCUGCUCGAAAUCCUCUUAGAGAUAUUGGAGGAAAGCCAUCAUCACAGAGACACAUUCUUGCCUUCUAUGCUGGAAAUAUUCAUGGAUAUUUACGUCCAAUCUUGCUUGAUUAUUGGAAGGAUAAGGACCCUGAUAUGAAAAUCUUUGGCCCAAUGCCUCCGGGAGUAGCGAGCAAAAUGAAUUACAUCCAGCAUAUGAAAAGCAGCAAGUACUGUAUUUGCCCAAAAGGAUACGAAGUGAACAGUCCGAGGGUAGUUGAAGCCAUUUUUUAUGAGUGUGUACCAGUUAUUAUAUCUGAUAAUUUCGUCCCGCCUUUUUUUGAGGUGUUGAAUUGGGACGCAUUCUCAGUAAUCAUAGCAGAGAAUGACAUCCCAAAUUUGAAAAACAUUCUUAUGUCUAUACCAGGAGAAAAAUAUAACAAAAUGCAACUUGGUGUGAAGAAAGUUCAGCGACAUUUUCUCUGGCAUGCCAAUCCUGCGAAAUAUGAUCUCUUUCACAUGACCCUUCACUCAAUCUGGUAUAAUAGAGUUUUUCAGAUAAAACUCAGAUAACUAUUGAAGGGAUUCCAACAAGCAUGUAAAAGUUUGAGGGAAGCUAUUGUGGAAGUAUACAUGCAAACAGAUAAUAUAGAAUUCUGCUGGACGACUUAUGAUUAAGCAACUCCGUUGGCAGUUCUCGUGUUUUGUUAGCAAUAACCUGUUCAAGAGGAGUACUCUUGUCUGUUGAGAAAUUUUAUCUUAUGAACGUGAGAUCAGGCUUGUCGGCCGAUCAUCUGUAUGUACUAUGUAUUCAACUAGUAAUUUCUGUAAAUAAGUUAUGAUAUUUGCUUGUAGAAGAGAAUUUGUUGGGAAUCUACAUAAACGUGCACAACGGAAAUUAAUACA